UUAAUUAUAAAUGAAUUUUUGAUUUUAUCGAUUAUUAUUCUACAUUAUUAUUAUUAUUAUCAUUAUUUUUAUUUUUAUUUUUUCAGCUUCAUUUCAGAAGCGAAAAUAAAUAUCAACAACAAUCAACAAUAAUAAUAAUAAAAUUAAGAAACCAUAAGGAAAAUCAUUUUCCUUUCCCGCGCAAUAAUUUUAUCAACAUUUUUGUGUUUACUUUUUAACUAUUCGCUUUCCUUGCUCCAAUCCAAGUUGUUGUUAGGGUUUUCUGCAAAUUCAAAAGUGAAACGAAUUGGUAACGGAUUUUGCUAUUCCAGUCGCUCAGCUCAGCUGCUAAGCGAAACGCUUGGCCUGAUGCUGGAAGUCCUUGUUGUUCAGCAUAUUUAAAACAGAAGCUUUUCUGAAACAGUCGUUAGGGUUUUCUGCAAAUUUAAAAAAAGUGAAACUAAUAAUGGAUUUUGCUGUUCGAGUAGCUCAGCUGCUAAGCCAAACGCUCAGCCCCGACUGCAACGCCGUCAAGACAGCAGCCGAAGCUCUCGAUCGCCUCUCUCUCAUGCCACAAUUCCCUUUCUCUCUCCUCUCCAUCGCCACCGGAGGCGAAAAUGAAGGUCAGAAAAUGGCUGCAGCCACUUACUUUAAGAAUUUCACGAGGCGCAAUAUUGAUGGUGGUAUUGGUAGUAGCCCACACCCACAACAAUGUUCCAAAGUUGGUAAGGAGCUCAAGGACCAGCUCUUUCUAGCUUUGCUCCAAGUCCAACCACCACCAGUCUUGAAAGUUUUGGUAGAAGCGUUUCGGAUUAUUGUUGUUGCGGAGUUCGUUGAUCAGAAUUCUUGGUCGGAACUUGUGCCUGAUUUGCGAACUGCUAUUCAAAAUAGCAGUCUUAUAAGCAAUGGCAUGGCAUCUCAGUGGAGCACCAUCAACGCUCUUACGCUUCUUCAUGCACUUCUUAGGCCUUUCCAGUAUUUUUUAAAUCCUAAAGUUGCCAAGGAGCCUGUGCCAGUGCAGCUUGAGCUAAUUGCAAAAGAAAUCCUUGUUCCGUUGCUAGCUGUGUUCCAUCAAUUUGUUGAAAAGGCUUGUAAAAUCAAUUGUACUAGAGAAGUUAACACGGAGACAGCACUUCUCAUUGUAUGCAAAUGCAUGUAUUUUGCUGUGAAGUCGCAUAUGCCAUCUGCUUUAGCUCCGUUGUUGCCUGUAUUUUGUCAUGAUCUAAUCAGCAUUCUUGGUUCUUUGACUUUUCAUUCUGCUACUAUCUUGGAAGAGGGGUACUUGAUGAGGUUGAAGACUGGGAAAAGGAGUUUACAAAUUUUCUGUGCUCUAGUUACUCGACACCGCAAAUAUUCUGACAAGUUGAUGCCAGAUAUGAUAAAUAAUGUGUUAGGCAUUGCAAAAUGUAGCUCAAAUAUCAGUAAGCUUGAUUUUGUAUCAGAGAGGAUUAUUUCAUUAGCUUUUGACGUGAUAUCACAUAUUCUGGAGACAGGCCCUGGAUGGAGAUUAGUUUCACCCCAUUUUUCAUCAUUGUUGGAUUCUGCGAUCUUUCCAGCAUUGGUGAUGAAUGAAAAGGAUAUCUCUGAGUGGGAAGAAGAUGCAGAUGAGUUCCUACGAAAAAAUCUUCCAUCUGACCUUGAAGAAGUUUCUGGAUGGAGAGAGGAUCUGUUUACAGCCAGAAAAAGUGCAAUAAAUCUACUUGGUGUUAUUUCAAUGUCAAAGGGACCUCCAACAAGAUCUUCUAGUAAUGGUUCAUCAGCUCCAUCAAAGCGGAAGAAAGGUGAAAAAAGUAAACAAAACAACCAACGCUCCUCAAUUGGUGAUUUAUUGGUCCUUCCGUUUUUGUCAAAGUUUCCCGUUCCAUCUGAAGCUAAUGCAAUCCAAAGUGGAGUUUUGAACAAUUAUUUUGGUGUUCUGAUGGCGUAUGGUGGCCAGCUAGAUUUUCUAAGGGAGCAAGAACCUAGAUACACAGAAACUCUGGUCCGUACACGGCUGCUCCCACUUUAUACAUUUUCAGUGUGCCAACCAUACUUAGUUGCUACAGCGAACUGGGUACUUGGAGAGCUUGCUUCCUGUCUAACUGAGGAAAUGAGUACAAAUGUGUAUUCUUCAUUGCUCAAAGCAUUGGCCAUGCCAGAUAAUAGGAAAACUUCUUGUUACCCGGUACGGAUAUCAGCUGCUGGGGCAAUUGCUAAACUUCUUGAGAGUGACUACCCACCACCUGAGUGGCUUCCUCUUCUUCAAGUUGUGAUCGAUAGGAUUGGUAAUGAUGAUGAAGAGAGCUCUGUUUUAUUUCAGCUUCUCAGUUCCAUGGUGGAAACUGGAGAAGAAAAUGUUGCAGUUCAUAUCCCUUAUGUUGUUUCAUCGUUGGUUGGUGCACUCUCAAAGUGUAUACCUCAUGAUUUGGAGCCAUGGCCUCAAAUGCUUGAAAAGGGAUUUUCAGCAUUAGCUGUUAUGGCUCAAUCUUGGGAAAGCUUUUUGUCUGAAGAAUUUGAGCAGAAUGAACGUACUGAAAAGUGGGCAUCUUGCCGAGCUACUAUUGGUAGAGCUUUUUCUUCUCUUUUGCAACAUUUUUGGCUUGCAAACAUCCAUCCAAUGGGUCAGGAAAGUGGUGCUACUCCAUCUUGCAUAGACAAUGCAUCUACACUUCUUUGUUCCAUCAUGCUAUCUGUUACUGAAAGCAACGAUAUUCUGGAGCUUAAAAUAUCAGAGUUGUUGAUAAUUUGGGCUGACCUGAUUGCUCGUUGGCAUGCAUGGGAAGAGUCAGAGGAUAUGGCUGUGUUUGAGUGCAUUAAUGAAGUUGUCAAUCUUGAAAGUAAAUAUGGGUUGAAAGAUUUUAUUCAAAGGCUAGUGCCAUCUCCUCCAGCACCACCUGUGCCUAGAUGUUCUGUUUUUGAAGGGAUUGGUGCUUUUAUAAGUGAAGCCAUUUUACAAUAUCCAUCUGCAACAUGGAGAGCUUGCUCUUCUGUCCAUAUGUUACUGCAUGUACCCAGUUACUCGUCUGAAACAGAGGGUGUGAAGCAGGCAUUGGCAAUUACUUUUUCUAGGGCAUUAUUAUCUCGUUUCAGAAAAAUUCAGGACAAACCGUGUUCACUUUGGAAGCCUCUUUUGCUUGCUAUGUCAUCAUGCUAUUUAUGUUAUCCUGAAACGGUAAAGGGUGUACUGGAGAAGGAUGAAGUUGAAGGCUUCACAAACUGGGCAUCCAACCUGUGUCAUAUCUCCUCUAGCUCGUUCGAAUCUGCUAUGUCAACAGAGUCUGAGAUAAGGUUAAUUGUGAUGGUCCUCGUCAAGGUAAUUGAAAGUCUCAUGACACUGGGGAAAUCAUAUAAUGAUUUUAUACAAGGAUGCUUUACUUCCUUGAUGGAUGCAUCCAUUCGACUAAAAGAAAUGCAGGAAGAGAAGGACGAAGAAGCAGAAGAAGAUGAAGAGGCAGAAAAUGAUGAGGAAUUUGAUGAUGAAACAGAAGAUGAUGAUGAGGACUCCGAGGCUGAAGACAAUGACGAAACUGAGGAAGAGUUUCUCAACAGGUAUGCCAAAGCAGCAGCUGCCUUGCAAAGUGGUGUAACUAUUGAAGAGGGAGAUAUGGACGAUGAGGAUCAUGCGAUUGAAUUGGGUUGUUUGGAGGGCAUUGAUUUGCAAAGACUUCUGUUUUCCUUGAUAGCGAGAUAUCACCCCAUUCUGAUACAAGAAAAGACAGUAGCACCGCAGCUAAUUUCAAGUUUUCUAGGUGCAUACCCAGAAUGUCGUUUGUUCUUUGAACAACCUACGUUUAGAUGAAGGGUGUUUUAGGUUGUUAUCAUUCCGAAAUUGAUUGUAUCUUAUCAGCCUCGGUAAGUGUGUUAUUCGUUUAAUUUUCAAUGUUCAGAAAUCAUGCCUAAGUGCGGAUUAAGAUCA